AUGACCACCCAGAGAGAUAGUCCAGUCUGCCGACGACACCAAGGGUCCCAAGAUGAAUGCCAAUCCGGCGUUUCAACCAUUCAAACCCAACGAGGAGACGUGGGACUCCUACAAGAAUCGUUUCAGCCAUUAUAUCGACGCCAUUGGUCAGUAGCUGAGAUUCAGGGCACCACACCCAAGCCUGGUACUUCCACCGUCCAUUCGGAAGAGGUGAUGACCGAAGCUGACCCCACAGAAUUUUCUGAUAUCCAUCGCCUCAAGCAGUUGAAACAACUACAGCAUGUCCUUGCCAUGGCCUUUGCUGUAAAGGAGAUCAACGAGGACUCCCAGAUCUUACCUAACGUCACUCUUGGGUUCCACAUCCAUGACAGUUACCACAACACAAGGAUGACCUAUCGCACCACUCUGGACCUGCUUUUCAAAUCCCAGGAAUUUGUUCCUAACUACAAAUGUGAUAGCCAGAAGAAUCUCAUGGCCAUCAUUGGAGGAUUGGAUGCUCCGACUUCAUCCUACAUGACACAAACUAUAAAUAUCUUCAAGAUUCCACAGUUGACCUAUGGUUCUUUUUCCCAAGAAGAGUUCCAACCUAUUAAGUUAUCUUCAGUUUACUGGAUGGUCCCAAAUGAGGACUAUCAAUACUUUGGAGUUAUACAACUUUUCCUCCAUUUUGGAUGGACAUGGAUUGGAGUCUUUGCUUUUGAAACAAAGGGAGAACAUUUUUUGCAGAAACUGUAUCCAUUGCUUUCAGAGAAUGGGAUCUGUUUAGCUUUCACACAAAAACUUCCAGAACGUAUCAACUUGGAAUACUUCCAAGAAUUAUUUGUUUUAUUCACAAGCAUUUCUAAUAAAUUGAUAGAUCAGAAAGCAAAUGCUUUUCUUGUUUAUGGAGACUCAUUCACAAUAGUGUGGCUCAGAACUGUCGUGGUUCUACAUGAUCCUGAAAAUAAAGAGAUUGCAUUGUUUAGGAAGGUUUGGAUCCUGAUGAAUCCGAUUGAUUUCAUAUUGACAGGAUUUCAGAGGGGUUGGGAUCUCCAGUUGUUCCAUGGGGCUCUUUCCUUUACAGUGCAUUCAAGAGAAGUUCAAGGCUUCAAAGAAUUUCUUCAAGUCAUCAAACCUUCAACCCACAAAAAUGGAUUUCUUCAAGAAGUUUGGCAACAGUUGUUUAACUGUCUGCUUUCAAAGGCAGACUUACCAUCUUUGAUCAAUGAAACUUGUAGUGGGGAAGAGAAUUUGGAGAAUUUGCCUGCCCCUCUGUUUGAAUUUCAGAUGACUGGCCAAAGCUACAGUAUCUACAAUGCUGUUUAUGCAGUGGCAUAUUCUUUGCAUGCGGCAAUACAAUCAAAAUCCUUACCAAGAGAAAUUCAAAGGGUUGAAUUUCUGGAUAUGCAACCUUGGCAGCUUCUGCCUGUUUCUCUCUGUAAUAACCCUUGUUCCCCAGGUUAUUGGAAGAAAAGGGCUGAAGGGAGAGCAUUCUGUUGUUAUGAUUGUGUUCCAUGCCCAGAAGCAAAGAUUUCAAAUCAAACUGAUAUGGAUGACUGUUUUGAAUGUUCACAAGAUCAUUAUCCAAAUAAAAAAAAGAAAGGAUGUAUCCUGAAACCAGUAGUCUUUCUACAUUUCAAAGAAACCUUAGGAGUUAGUUUAGUCUCCGCAGCUCUUUGUUUCUUCUUCUUGACAUCUUGGGUACUUGGAACUUUUAUUAAGCACAUGGAUACUCCCAUUGUCAAAGCCAACAACUGGCCCCUCACCUACACCCUGCUUGUCUCUCUUCAACUUGGUUUUCUUUCUGCUUUGUUAUUCCUCAGCCAACCUGGCAAAGUGACCUGCCUUCUCCGACAACCAACUUUUGGCAUCACCUUCUCAGUAGCCAUUUCUAGUGUACUGUCAAAAACCAUCACUGUAGUUGUGGCUUUCAUGGCAACUAGACCAGGAUCUCAGAUGAGGAAAUGGUUGGGGAGAAGAUUGGCUUUUUGUAUUGUCCUUUCCUGUUCUCUCUUCCAAGUGUGUCUUUGUAUUCUUUGGUUGUUAACAUCUCCCCCAUUCCCUGAGUUGGACAUGCACUCCGAGAUUCAAGAAAUGGUUUUACAGUGCAAUGAGGGAUCAUCUUCCUUCUUCUACUGUGUCUUGGGCUAUAUGGGUAUCUUGGCCAUUGCCAGCUUUAUUGUGGCUUUCCUUGCCCGUAAAUUACCUGACAGCUUUAAUGAAGCCAAGUUCAUCACCUUCAGCAUGUUGGCUUUUUGCAGUGUUUGGAUUUCCUUCUUUCCAGCCUAUCUGAGUACAAAAGGAAAAGCCAUGGUAGCUGUGGAGGUCUUCUCCAUCUUGUCCUCCAGUGCUGCAUUACUGGGAUGUAUAUUCCUGCCAAAAUGCUACAUCAUUGUGUUUAGGCCUGACCUCAACCACAGGGAGCAACUCAGAAAGAGAAAUUAA